GGCUGGGUUCCUCUCCUGCUGUUUACACUCUCCCUGCAGACCCAGACCUGACCUGAGCUGCCCGUGCCACCAUGUCCAAGCCUCUGUCCGACCACGACAGGAGGAAACAGAUCUCGGUGCGAGGCCUCGCCGGUGUGGAAAACGUGACAGAGCUGAAGCAGAACUUCAACCGGCACCUCCACUUCACGCUGGUCAAGGACAGGAAUGUGGCGACUAAAAGGGACUACUACUUCGCUCUGGCCCACACGGUCCGCGACCACUUGAUCGGCAGGUGGAUCAGAACCCAGCAGCACUACUAUGAGACAGAUCCCAAACGCGUGUACUACAUCUCCCUCGAGUUCUACAUGGGCCGUACGCUCCAAAACACCAUGGUGAACCUCGCACUGGAGAACGCCUGUGAUGAGGCCAUGUACCAGCUGGGUCUAGACAUGGAGGAGUUGGAGGACAUGGAGGAAGAUGCUGGUUUGGGUAAUGGCGGCCUAGGUCGCCUUGCUGCCUGUUUCCUGGACUCCAUGGCUUCARUGGGCUUAGCUGCUUAUGGUUAUGGAAUUCGCUAUGAAUUUGGUAUCUUCAACCAAAAAAUCGUCAGUGGUUGGCAGGUUGAGGAAGCUGAUGAUUGGCUGCGCUACGGUAACCCCUGGGAGAAGGCUCGCCCCGAGUACAUGCGUCCCGUCCACUUUUACGGCAGGACCGAGCAUCAACCUGAUGGUGUCAAAUGGGUGGACACUCAGGUAGUUUUGGCCCUGCCGUACGACACCCCCAUCCCAGGCUACAGGAACAACGUAGUGAACACUAUGAGACUGUGGUCUGCAAAGGCACCCUGCGAGUUCAACCUUAAAGACUUCAACAUCGGCGGCUACAUUCAGGCUGUUUUGGACAGAAACUUGGCAGAGAACAUCUCCCGUGUGCUCUACCCCAACGAUAAUUUCUUUGAAGGGAAGGAGCUCCGUCUGAAGCAGGAGUACUUCGUGGUUUCUGCCACCCUGCAAGACAUCGUUCGCCGUUUCAAGGUGUCCAAGUUUGGCUCCCGGGAGGUUGCUCGCACAGACUUCAGCAAAAUGCCUGACAAGGUUGCCAUCCAGCUGAACGAUACUCAUCCUGCUAUGGCUAUUCCUGAGCUGAUGAGGGUUCUGGUUGAUGAAGAGAAGCUCACAUGGGAAAAUGCCUGGGACAUCUGUGUGCGUACCUGUGCCUACACCAACCACACAGUCCUCCCUGAAGCUCUGGAGCGCUGGCCAGUGGAGCUGUUUGCUCAUCUGCUGCCUCGCCAUCUGGAGAUCGUCUACGAGAUCAACCGCCGCCACCUGGAGAGAGUUGCUGCCAAAUAUCCAGGAGACAUGGAUCGCCUUCGUCGAAUGUCCCUGAUCGAGGAGGGCGGGCAGAAGAGGAUCAACAUGGCACAUUUGUGCAUCGUGGGUUCUCAUGCUGUCAACGGUGUGGCCCAGAUACACUCUGACAUCCUUAAAGCAACAGU